AUGAGAUGGGGGUUUCGCCUUGCCCUCUGCAUCUUGCUAGUGCUCUUGGUGCCCUUGUAUCUUAUCAAGGCCCAUCUGCAGGAUCUAUGUGACCAGUAUCGCGCCGGCGCAUACCUGGUCAAUUGGCUUCACAUCAACUCCCCCGAAUACGAAGACGUGCCGCCUGAACAUGUUCCGUCGAGUGACAAGGUCAUCGUAAUGGCGAAGUUGGAAGAGGAGCCGACGGAGUGGGUGGAGGCAGAACUUCCAGACUGGAAACGCGCGAUUUACGUUGUCAACCCGUCGCGUGCAACCGCCGCCAAUGAGCACAAGCUCAAGACGCCCCUAAAUAAAGGCCAUGAGGCCAUGGCCUAUCUCAGCUACUUGAUCGAUUAUUACGACCGUCUCCCUUCGAUCAUUGCAUUCCUUCAUGCCCACCGCGGAGGAUUUUUCAUGGCCUGGCACGUAGAUGCGCCUUUACAUGACAAUGUAGUGGCCAUGCGAUCGUUGCAGCUCGACUUCGUCCGGCAAAACGGAUACGUCAACCUCCGGUGCAAUUGGAAUCCUGGAUGCAAGGCAGCGCAUCGCAUCAACCGGCAUGUCACCGACACCGUGUGGCAAGAAGUAUUCGAAGGCACAAGCACGCCGCCCUUAAACGCCACGAUAUCGGCAGGCCUGGCCGAGAACGGAGCGAUGGAUGCGGCGCGAAGCCAAAGGUACCUGCCCAAGCCCAAGGAAAUCGGGGCCGCCUGUUGUGCGCAGUUCGCCGUGUCGCGAGAGCAGGUGCUUCAACGACCACGAGAGGACUAUGUCAAGUUCCGACAAUGGAUUAUAGACACGGACCGAGACGAUGCCAGCAGCGGGCGAAUUAUGGAAUUUCUGUGGCACGUCAUCUUCGGCAAAGAAUCUGUAUAG